AUGGCACCCCCAUCCCCUCACCCCCAGCCUGCGGGCCCCGUUCCCACACCCCCGCGCCCCCAGCCUCUUACACAACGGCCGCCUCCAGCCUCCCCCGAGGCCGGGCUCACCCCGCACCCCGGCCUGGCUCAGGCCCUGCUGCUGGUGGCAGCCUUGGCUGGCCUGGGCCUGGGCCUGAGCCUCAUCUUCAUCGCUGUCUACCUCAUCCGCUUCUGCUGCUGCCGCCCCCCAGAGCCCCCGGGGGCCAAGAGUCCCCAGUCGGGGGCGGGCUGCGCGACGUGGAGCUGCAUCGCUGCCCUUCUCGUGGGCUGUGCGGGCAUUGGCGUUGGUUUCUAUGGCAACAGUGAGACCAGUGAUGGGGUGUCCCAGCUCAGCUCUGCUCUGCUGCACGCCAACCACACACUCAGCACUACCGACCAGCUGGUGUGGGAGACAGUGGAGAGGUUGGGCGAGGCGGUGAGGGCGGAGCUCACCACACUGGAGGAGGUGCUGGCGCAGCGCACGGAGCUGGUAGCUGCUGCCAGAGGGGCUCGGCGCCAGGCGGAGCUGGUGGCCCAGCAGCUGCAGGGCCUGGCCUUCUGGCACGAGGUGCCCCUGAGCCUCCUGCAGGUGGCUGCAGAUGUGUCCUUCGUGGAGGAGUACAGGUGGCUGGCCUACGUGCUCCUCCUCCUCCUGGUGCUCCUGGUCUGCCUCUUCAUCCUCCUGGGCCUCGCCAAGCAGAGCAAGUGGCUGGUGGUCCUGAUGACAGCCCUGAGUCUCCUGGUGCUGGUCCUGAGCUGGGGCUCCAUGGGCCUAGAGGCGGCCACAGCUGUGGGCCUCAGUGAUUUCUGCUCCAAUCCAGACACCUACAUUCUAAACCUGACACAGGAAGAGACGGGGCUCAGCUCAGACAUCCUGAGCUAUUACUUCCUGUGCAACCAGGACGUCUCCAACCCCUUCCAACAGAGACUGACUCUAUCCCAGAGGGCGCUGGCCAACAUCCACUCCCAGCUGCAAGGCCUGGAGCGAGAAGCCGUCCCCCAGUUCCCAGCAGCUCAGAAGCCGCUGCUGUCCUUGGAGGAGACGCUGAAUGUGACCGAGGGAAACUUCCACCAGCUGGUGGCGCUACUGCAUUGCCGCGGCCUGCACAAGGACUAUGGGGCAGCGCUGCGGGGCCUGUGUGAAGACGCCCUGGAGGGCCUGCUCUUCCUGAUGCUCUUCUCCCUCCUGUCAGCCGGGGCCCUGGCCACGGCACUCUGCAGCCUUCCCCGUGCCUGGGCCCUCUUCCCACCAAGUGAUGACUACGAGGAUACCGAUGACGAUGACCCUUUCAACCCUCAGGAGUCCAAGCGCUUUGUGCAGUGGCAGUCAUCCAUCUGAGCUCCUCUUCCCAGCCAGCCUGGAGCCCAACAACCCUCUCCAUUCCUUUCCUGGCUGCUGGAGGAGGCUCUACUAACUUGGCCCCGACUGGGCUCUGACCACUAACACUGCUGGCAACAGACACCCUGCCCGGGACUGCCUCCUGCCUCGGCCCCAAGGCCCACCUUUGUCUUAGCCCUGGGGAGAGCUGAAGGAGUAGGGCAGGGACCUGGUCUAGCAGGGGAGGGGGCAGACUGACUGCCCUGCAUCCCUCCUCCCCUGCUGCCAGUCCCCUCCUGGGAGGGACUGGCCCGGGGGCCAGGGAUAUGAAUUGCCUGCCCCUGCCGUAGCUUAGUGGGCUCUGGCCCCCUGAUCUCCACUGGCGGCACUAACUUGGAAAAGGGUUGACUUGAAAUAAAAGGGAAGACUUUAUUUUACAAGCA